UUUUCCUUUUAAAAUUUGCAGCGCCACCGCCACCAGGGCGCCUCAAGUACGACGAGAAGGAGUACUCGUGGCCUGAAAAGGAUGGAGGCGCGUACGGAGGAAUGACGACGGAGGGAUCGAUAGACGAAGACGAGUGGCACGCGCCGCCGCCGUCUUCUUCUUCUGGUUCGUGGGAGAUCGAUUCGGCAUACGAGUUCGACGCAUCUCAAUUCUUCGAUUUCAGCCGCCCUGAAUCUUCUUCCGACGCCGAACGGGCCGAGCGCUGGUUCCAAGUCGCCGGAUAUUACCCGCCUUCUCAUUUCUAUUUUAAGGCAAAGGUGAAAACAACAAUAGUUCCUGCAAAUGAUGAAUCUCCAUUGGUAAAAGACGACGACAACUUCAAUCCCUCUCAUCAUCAUCACCACCGCCUUUCUUCUUCAUCAAAUCAUGAAAAGACGAACAAAGGCGGAAGAAGAAGGUGGAACAAUAGUGGUGAUCAAGAGAGAAUGGAAGAAGACACUCCUUCAAAAGCAAUUAAACCAAAGGAAAAGAGUGCCAUAAAAUGGGGCGGCGAUGAUAACAAUAGAAAUAAUGGGGGAUCAACGUUGAUGAAACCAACUGCAAGUCAGCUCGCCAAACUAAACCAUGUCAAACAACAACGUCGUAACCACGAAGCUAUCAAAAGGCUGAAAUUGGACUAUGGUUACUACGUCACUAAGAAAUCCAAAGUUUCAGAUGAGAAGAAGCUUUUGCAGCAUCCCCCAAUUGAGCUUUUCAGCAAGUUGACCCUCAAUUCUGACAUGGACAACAGAGCAGCAUCCCAUCCAAAACCACAUCCAUUUGGAACUGUGAAUUUAAACAAGUUUAGUCCCAAAAGGUGAUGAUAUCAAUUGCUUGAUAUGGAGCGAGUGGCUCCAUCAUGAAUGAACGACCCCGGAUUGGAACUAUUGGUACAAUGACAAAGCCAAUCAUUUUCUCUCAUUU